GAAAGGGAAUAACACUUGAAAUGUAUAUAAGAAAUACUCAAGUUAAUAAAAAAAAAUAAAAAAAUGGUCUCAAAACAGUUUUAGUGUGCUUCAAAGAUGUCUCCCAGAUUUCAUGUUCCCAAAGGCCAUUUAUCAAAAAAAAUGUGGCAUAUUUAUACAAUAAAGUACUACUCAGCUAUUCAAAACAAUGACUUCAUGAAAUUCAUAGGCAAAUGGAUGGAACGAGAAAAUAUCAUCCUGAGUGAGGUAACCCAGUCUCAAAAGAACACACAUGGUAUGCACUCACUGAUUAGUGGAUAUUAGCCCAAAAGCUUGGAAUAACUAAGAAAACAUUCACAGAUCAUAUGAAGCUCAAGAAGAAGGAAGACCAAAACGUGGGUGAUUCAUUCCUUCUUAGAAGGGAGAAUAAAAUACUAAUGGGGAUGAAAUACAGGGACAGAGAGUGGAGCAGGGACUGAAAAAAAGGCCAUCCAGAGAAUGCCCUACCAGCCCCAAAUGCAGUCACUGUUUGUUUUUGUUUUUUAAAAAAUUCUUUAUUAGAUAUAUUUCUUUACUUACAUUUGAAAUGGCAUUACUUUUCCUGGUGUCCUGUCCAUAAGACUGAAUCCCCACCCCUCCCCCAUUCAGGUGUUCCCCCCAUCCACCUCCAUUACGGCUCCCUGACAUUCCCCUGUAAUGGGGGGUCCAACCUUGGCAGGACCAAGGGCUUCCCCUUCCACUGGUGCCACAACAAGGCUAUUCUCUGCUACAUAUGCAGUUGGAGCCCUGGGUCAGUCCAUGUAUAGUCUUUCGGUAGUGGUUCAGUCCUUGGAAGCUCUGGUUGAUUGGCAUUGUUGUUCUUAUGGGGUUGCAAGCCCCUUCAGCUCUUUCAAUCCUUCCUCUAAUUCCCCUAAACAGGGUCCUGUUCUCGGUUCAGUGAUUUGCUGCUAGCAUUGACAUCUGUAUUGGACAUGCUCUGGAUGUGUCUCUCAGGAGAAAUCUAUAUCUGGUCCCUUUCAGCAUGCACUUUUUAGCUUCAAUCUUAUCUAGUUUUGGUGGCUGUAUGUAUAUGGGCCACAUAUGAGGCAGGCUCUGAAUGGCCAUUAAUAAGUCGCUGCUCUAAACUUUGCUUCCAUAUCUCCUCCUACGGAUAUUAUCUUCCCCUUUCAAGAAGGAGUGGGAGCAUCUGCAUUUUGGUGAUCCUUCUUGAGCUUCCUGUGGUCUGUGGAUUACAUCUUGGGUAACUUGAGCUUUUUUGGCUAAUACCCAUUUAUUAAUGAGUGCACACCAAGUGUGUUUUUCUGUGUUUGAAUAACCUCACCCAGGAUGAUAUUUUCUAGUUCAUUCCAUUUGCCUAUGAAUCUCAUGAAGUCAUUGUUUUUGAUAGCUGAAUAGUACUCCAUUGUGUAGAUGUACCACAUUUAUUGAAUUCAUUCCUCUGUUGAAGGGUAUCUGGGUUCUUUCCAGCUUCUGGCUAUUAUAAAUAAGGCUGCUAUGAACAUAGUGGAGCAUGUGUCUUUUUUAUAUGUUGGGGCAUCUUUUGGGUAUAUGUCCAGGAAUGGUAUCCUCAGCUGGGUCCUCAGGUAGUGGAAUGUCCAAUUUUCUGAAGAACCUCCAGACUGAUUUCCAGAAUGGUUGUACCAGUUUGAAAUCACACCAACAAUGGAGGAAUGAUCCUCUUUCUCCUCAUCCUCUCUAGCAUCUGCUGUCACCUGAGUUUUUUAUCUUAGCCAUUCUGACUGGUGUGAGGUGGAAUCUCAGGGUUGUUUUGAUUUGCAUUUCCCUGAUGACUAAAGAUGUUGAACAUUUCUUUAGGUGUUUCUCAGUCAUUCGGCAUUCCUCAGCUGAGACUGUUUUGUUUAGCUCUGUAACCCAUUUUUAAUAGGGUUAUUUGGAUCUCUGGAGUCUAACUUCUUGAGUUCUUUGUAUAUUUGGAUAUUAGCCUUCAAUCAGAUGUAGGAUUGGUAAAGAAAGAUCUUUUCCCAAUCUGUUGGUUGCCAUUUUGUCCUAAUGACAGUGUUUUGCAGUUUUAUGAGAUGCCAUUUGUCGAUUCUUGAUCUUAGACCAUAAGACAAUGGUGUUUUGUUCAGGAAAUUUUCUCCAGUGCCCAUGUGUUCAAGAUUCUUCCCCACUCUUUCUUCUAUUACUUUGAGUGUAUCAGGCUUGAUGUGGAGGUCCUUGAUCCACUUGGACUUAAGCUUUGUACAUGGUGAUAAGAAUGGAUCGAUUUGCAUUCUUCUACAUGCUGACCUCAAGUUGAACCAGCACCAUUUGUUGAAAAUGCUAUCUUUCUUCGAUUGGAUUUAGCUCCUUUGACAAAGAUCAAGUGGCCAUAGGUGUGUGGUUAAUUUCUGGAUCUUCAAUUCUGUUCCACAGAUGUACCUGCCUGUCUCUGUACGAAUACCAUGCAGUUUUUAUGACUAUUGCUCUGUAAUACUGCUUGAAGUCAGGAAUGGUGAUUCCCCCAGAAGUUCUGUUAUUGUUGGGUAUAGUUUUCCCUAUCCUGGGUUUUUUGUUAUUCCAAAUGAAUUUGAAAAUUGCUCUUUCUAUAAAGAACAGAGGAGGAAUUUUGAUAGGGAUUGCAUUGAAUCUGUAGAUUGCUUUUGGCAAAAUGUUCAUCAUUACUAUAUUAAUCCUGCCAAUCCAUGAGCAUGGAAGAUAGGCCUCUGUGUCAGCCCUCCUGUAGAACUGUUUUCCUCUUUUCUUUCAGCCUUCCCUGAGAGCAGGUGCUCUGAUUUCAGGUGUGUAGGCGCACCUGGUGACUGACUUCCAGCUCUGGGCAUGGGCAGGAAUCAGAAGGGUCCUGCCCCUGGUUGCUCCUAGAUCAGUGUACCCAGGCUGCACAGUUUGCACUAGGCGAUUCCCUCUUGGGUCUGGAAUCCAUGAGUGUCCACAGUUCUGCAGGUCCAGCUCUUCCCCAUGGGAUUUGGGUUCAGGGAGCUGUUUGGCCAGUUCAGUUCCGUCCUGGGUGCUGACCAGAACCGCAGGUACCGGUGGGUGUCUGUUCCUAUAUUUCUGUGUCCAGAUGCACUGUGCAGUUUCCCCUUGGACAAGGGAUGUGGGCAGAGGUGUGCAGAAGUGGCAGUCUGUCCUGUGGUCUCAGGAUGUCUGCACUUCUGGGUGUUCCUUCCUCCUGGGGAAACCCAGUCACUAUUGCUGAUACCUAGGAGUGUUUACUAACAGGAGCCAGAUAUAGGUGUCUUUUGAGAGGCUCUGCCAGAGCCUUACUGAUACAGAUGAGGAAGCUUGCACCUAAUCAUUGGAAUGAACAAGGGGACCCCAAUGGAGGAGUUAGAGAAAAGACUGAAGGAGCUAAAGGGGUUCACAACACCAUAGGAAUAACAACAAUAUUAACCAACCAGACACCACCAGAGCUCUCAGGAACUAAACAAGCAACCGAUGAGUACACAUGGAGGGACCCGUGACUGCAGCCACAUAUGUAGCAGAGAUGGCAUUGUCCAGCAUCAAUAGGGGGAAAAGCCCUUGGUCCUGUGAAGGCUCAUUUCCCCAAUGUCAGGGAAUGCUAGUGUGAGGAGGUGGGAGUGUUUGGGUAGGAGUGGGAGCAUUCUCAUAGAGCAGAGGAAGGGGGUGGGGAUGUGGAAGAGGAAAGGAGAUAGCAUUUGAAAUGUAAAUACAUAAAAUAUUCAGAAAAAUAGAAUAAAGAAAAAGAAAAACCAUGCCUGGAGGAGGAAACUGACUCCUGGACAGGGUUAAAAUUGUGAACAAUUGUCUCAGCCAGAGGCUGAGUUUGUGUGAGUGGCUCCAGGGGAAACCUGAAGCACUGGGAAGGGAAUGGGAUUCCCCCUGUAGACAAGGUUUCCUAUCAAAGCUCUUAGGAGACUGGAUGCAAUAAAUGUUUAAAGGCCAGCAAACAGAUAUUGUGGAGUGGUGAGCAUCUCACCCUGAGCUGUCCUGGCACACUGAAUGGAAUGGGGAAUGGGAGGUAGGAUGAAUAAGAUGAGGGCCCUGUUCUUAUGUAAAUUAAAUUUUGGGUGGUUUUCUCAUACCUUGUCUUGUCCAAGCAGCCUGUUUAUAUGCCACCAUCCCUUUUCUCUAAACUUGCAAUUCUGUGAGUAGAAGGUAGCAACAUGUGAUAGGACAUGUGUGCAACUAAGGGGUGAGAUCCAGUUGUUUGUACCUCUUUACCCUAGGAUGGAUUCCUGGAGACAGACACAGAGACAAAAUGAUCUGUCUAAGGCCUGAGAGAGGCAGGACCAGGAACCAGGUUUCUUCUAACUUCUCCAUCUAUGCUGGGUCUCCUGAUAUUAUCUAGUACCUGCUUUAUACAUAUAGACAUGAUAUUUUUUGUUCCAACACCCAGUUUACCUGCUCUGAGCUCAGCCUAGGCUUCUUCAGACAGCAGUGGUUAUAUGUAAACCACUGCCAGGAGAGGAGCCAGUUCCAGAAGGGCCCUGAGAGAAGUUAGCUGUCUGGAGGUUGCCCAAGGUACCAUGGAGGAACUGAGAAUCUCCCACAGAACCCAAAGACAAGUGGGGGUCAGCCUAGUUUUAAUUUCGUUCUCCAGAAGAAUGUUCUAACAGGUUUCCAAAGAGAAAGGUCUGUUUGGGAAGAUAGGAAGCCUGCCCCAUAGGUGUUCAAGGAGAUAAACCUGGGCAUGGUAGAUCACUUGAUAGGACCAGGAGUGCAAAGCCAGCCCUGGUUGCACAGCCAGUUAGAGGUCAACAUGGGCCAGAAGAGACUGUCUCAAAACACAAGAGGGAGGGAAAGGACCAGGGGAGGGAUCAGGCUGGAGGACAUUCAAAUGUUAGCAAAGUGCUCUUCCAGUCCUUGUGUUGGACGAUUUUUCUGUCCUUAAAAGACCAUUAAGGGGUUGGGGAUUAGCUCAGCGGCAGAGUGCUUGCCUAACAAGCGCAAGGCCCUGGGUUUGGUCCCCAGCCCCGAAAAAAAAAAAAAAAAAAAAAAGAAAAAAGAAAGAAAAAAAAAGACCAUUAAAAUUUGGGAGGCUUCACAUUUCAUUUAACGGGCAGGAGACAUUUUCCUGAAAUUCAAGUAAAAGUGGCAAAGCUUGUUAUAAUGUAACAGCGCUCCCCCCUCCCCCCCCUUCUGUAUUUUGCUUGAAUAUCUAUGCUCAUCACAUACACGCAGUACCUGCAGAGGCCAGAAGAGGCCAGCAUAUCCCCUGUUACUGGAGUCACAAAUGGUUGUCAGCUGCCCUGUUAGUACUGAGACUCAGUCCAGUUCUCUGCAAGGACAGCACAGCAAAUGAUCUUAACAGGGAGCCAACUAUUUCUCCAAUCCCUACACUCAUUUUUUUUAAAGGGGAAGUUAAAAUUUACUGGGAAGGGUGCUCUCUAUUCAGAAAAUAAGGUUCAAACAGCAUCUGUCUUCAAACUACACAACAGAGCUGCGGGGGAACUCAAGUCCAUCCACUACCAGAAGCCGCGCAUUUCCUACCUUGAGCUGGUACUAGAAGGUCUCAGCCCCAUGUCAACAGCUGCCCAGAGUAAGCCCACAGCUGCUGGAUAAACCUCUGGGACAGCAGUGUUUCCUCUGAACAUAAAUAAUAACAAUUACAUGUUUCUAUGCUUCACAAGGCUCACCAAACAUUCUUUCUUAAGGGCGAGGCUUUCCCACACAUGAACUUGUACACAUGAACACACAUAAAUAUUUUUUAAAUAAAAUUUAAAAGUAUUUUUCUCCUCUAAGACUUAAAAGCUUCCAGUUGGAAAAUCUCCCCCUGAAUGUCUUUUUCAUAAGCAUUCUAGCAUUUAGAUGUCAGCAUUGACUACAUUUGGCAGCUGAUUAAACACCACAGUUCAUGCCCCUCCUGGGUUAUGCCAUUACCCUCAGUUCCCAGUGACUGGUUCCAUUUCAGGCCUUUCUGAGCUCUUAAACAGCCACACACAACCUUUGACACUCUGACACAUUAUCAUCUACAAAGUUCACGCUUCAAGAACCAUGACCGAGUUGCAAAAAAAACUCUUGGAAGGUUUUAAGUAAGUUUACAGUUUUGUGCUGGCCCGCUCCUCAGGUUGCAGACAACUGUACAUAGACCCACUUUCCAAUAACUGUGUGCUCUUCCUGGGCCAGGAAAAUACAACCCCCAACAAAAGGCCACUCAGAAACACAUCUGUACCAUAAAAUUCCUUUGAGGAAACUUUUGAUUCAUGCCUUUAAAUCUCUUUAGAUAGAAAGAACUCAUAGUGAAUAUCUUUGGAAAUUGUUAAAAGAAUCUGAAAGUUCUAGAACCUUUAAAAAGAAAUCCACACCUUAGGCUUUACAGGAACAACUGCUCAUCAAACUUCAUCAAGGAGAAAAGGAGCCAGGAGGCAAAAGCUUUUUAAUGAAUCUUUCUGUUUUCAGUUUCUCUGCCUUCCAGCCUAGCUGUUCACUCUACCCCCAUCCUCCACCAUUUCCUAUGUUUUAAGAUCUCUAAAGAUUAGUAAUGAUGGCCGUUAUUUUCUUCUAAGAACUGAAUAAUGCAGGCGUUUACAACAUAACAUAUACUAACAAAAAAUCCUGACAAUACAUUUAUUAAAGAAAAUCAGGUGAAAUAAGUUGCCUCAGCAUGGCCAAGAUUCAAACUUGAUACCAACGCUCCUAUCCUAACUAUUACUCUAUGCUCUGUCAAACACAAAGUGUUUUCUUCCCUUCUGAACUAUUUCUCCAAACAACUCCUGAACCUGCAGAAAAUGUCCCAGCAGAACCGGAAGGUCCUCUUUGCUAGGUUAAUGUUUUUGUCAAAACACUGACAGAAACACUGUGAAGUGGAAACGUUGUGGAGAGAGCUGUACCUCUGACACUUCCUCCUGGCAGAGAUCAUAGAGCAGGGAGAGAGGGAAGUGGUGGUGGGGAUGGUGGGAGGAUGAAUCUAGGGCCAGUUUCCCAAUCCAUCAGUGUGGAUGCAAAGUUGUUCCCUCUGGGCAUUCCCCUGCCUUCUUCCAGCUAUGGUUAGUGCUAGUGAGUCACAGAAUGAGGAUAAGGUUCUGGGGAGGUGAAGGCCACAACUGUGGGGAUGAGAACCAGAAAUAACAGCAGACAAAGGUGUCUACACUAUGUUCUCUCCCUAGGAUUCUUCAGCAUGUUUGCCUAAGCCUGCACAGCUAACUACCACAGUCAAAGCUAAAUGGCUGUACCCUCCGUCCUGCAAUGCCUACGAAGCCUCGACAUGGCUCACCUUCUCUGAACUUGCAAACCGAAAUUUUUCAUUACACUUGGGAGGAGAGCUGGCUGUAUAAUCCAGGCUGGCCUAGAAUUCUCUAUAUGGCCCAGGCUACUCUUGAACCUAGACAAUCUUUCUGUCGCAGCCUGCCCUAGCCUGCCCCAGCCUGCCCCAGGCUGCUGGGUACAGGAAUGGGCCCAGGUGAAUGACUAUGUCUAGUUUGUCAACUUGCUGUAUUUUCUUUAAACAAAACCUCAAAUGCCUAGUUUUCAAUGCACUUGCCUUGAUCUUUAGAACUCACGUGGUCCUCUAGUCCUACCACAUACCUCCCUCUACUCAUGGGCUGCACGUGACCAGACUCGGGGUAAUUAGUAAGGAUUUCUUCUUCCAGAGGAGCAACAGGAAUAUCUGGCUCUGAAGGCACUGGCUGUGCCUCUGGGUAGGACUGGGUGUUUCUGUUCCCAAGAUCUUUCCUGCCUAGAGUUAGGAAAGCUGCAUCUUCCUCUGGAGGAGCUGGGGUUCUGGUGCCCAGCGGAUCCAAAAGCAAUGCUGGGUCCUUGAAAUCCAGGACCUCUACCUCUCCCACAGGUGGCCCCUAUUUGCUUUGAGGGUCCAAAGAAGCCGAUUCUGUUUCCCGGUAGGAUGGCCAGUUACCAGGUGCUGGGUGUGGCAAAGGAGAAACGUGAUCAGAAUCUGGAGACGUGGUGCCAAACAUGCAGGAAGCUCAGAUUAGCCUUUGAAUUGAAAGACACAUCAAUACAUCGAUUCUGCUGUGGUCUUCCGGGCCUCCCUUGGUGGGUAUUCUACAUCCUUUCCAUUCUCAUUGUAGUAAUCGAAACUGUCCUUGGUAUAGCUCUCCAGGGCUUCAGCAUGGUUGAACGAGUGCUCCAGCGCUGAGGAGCAGGCUGUGGAAUGGUCACCUCCGACCGUGGCUGGACAGACAUUGUCCAGGGCCAGCCUGCUACCGAUGUAAAAGGCCCACGCUCUAAGUAUCUCCAGGUUGCUUAGUUGGUAAAGAUUCUUCCGACUGCUCAGUGUUAGUUAGUCAGGCUGAAAUACAGCGCUUUUCUCUUCGGGUCAUCUGCUUCCUCUAGGCAGAAGCCCCCCACCCUAGCAGGAAGCUGCAGCUGGACACUGUAGGAUUCUUUGGGGGCGGGUUCCAAAGAACUGAAGGCCAUUGGCAGGAUAGAGAAAGAGGGCGUAGGUAUCAGAUUCAUCUGAUGCCAGAACAGCCUGGAAAGCCUACACUCAAAUUUUAAUGGGGAUUUGAACUCAGGUCCUCAUGCAUGAACAGCAAGCACUUUACUAACUCAGCCACCACCCAGAGGUUUUGAAAAACCAGGUAAGCCCAGCAAAGUGUCCCCAGGUAAAUUUAUCAGAGAGCUAAGAGGAGGUAUUGAAAUAAGGAGAAAAGAAAGGGUGUCAUGGACUUGCUUGUCUGGGUUUUACGAUGGCAAAGGUCUCACCUGGUCCUUGGUUGGCUGUAGGUGGAGUGGGGAACCUCCAGGGAUACUUAUCUGUUAAUAUAAUGGGAAAGUCAGGAAAAGGUGUUAUGCGAACAAGAGGUGAUGAGCUUGAGCUUACACCAUCCUUAAUAGACUUUACCUUUGAUUCCAAUCUCAGUCACAACCUGGUAUGUUGGUUUUCACCUGUAACCCCCACACGGGGGUCUACGGUAUCUAAGGUAAGAAUAUCCUGAAUUUCAAGAACAUAGAGAGAACAUGACCAACAAAAAGAAAAAGUUUAACAGACAUCACAAUAAAGCCUUGGGCCAGACCUGACUCAGCUCUACUCUCCGCACCAAGCUGAUACUUACAACCUCUGUUCCUAUCUUGUACUCUCCAUCCACUAGUUCCCUUGGAAACUGACAUGCCGUCGUUGGCUGAGGAGACCUCACUGAACCCAGAUUUAAGUAUAAGACUGCAGAGCUUGAAGUCAGAGGUUUAGCUGGCGGAUUGUGGCAUGUCAGCCCCAAAGCAACAGCUUGCUGCAAAAGGACAGCUUUCUGUCUGGAGCCCACCUGGACUUCUAUGACAAUUAAGCACAUGUCUGUCCUGUGCUCACUGCACAACCCUGUUUUACAUAUAUAUGAGCCCUAAAAUCCAGUCAGCAGGGAGGGGCUGGACCUGCUAGUCAUCAGAAGACCUAUGCAGAUUCUUGAGAGAACUUUGAUGUGUAUUUGUGCCCUCUGUUCCCAGGAGGAGAAGUUUAGAGCUGGGAAGGACAGGAGAAAUGGAAGCACUGGAGAAAAGAGGACUAUUUUGCACUAUGCCUGUGCACAUGGCCAUCCUCAAGUAGUUGCUCUCCUAUUAAAGUGGAAUUGUGACAUUGAUCUCCGUGACAGUGACAACAGCACAGCACUAAUUAAGGCUUCACAGUAUGAGCAGGAAGAAUGUUUGGCCAUUUUAUUAGAACACGGGGCAGAUCCAAAUGCUAUGGACAAUAGUGGGAACACGGCACUACACUAUGCUGUUUGGCAUAACAAUACCUCAAUGGCAACCAAAUUGCUGGCACAUCAUGCUGACAUCAAUAUAAGGAAUGAGGAUAGCUUUACACCUGUUAUACUGGCUCUAAUAAAGAACAAUGAAAACCUGGCAAAAUUUUUAGAAGACCAGAGAAAAAAGAUACAGGAACCUGAUGAAUUAGACAGGUCUUCAAAGAAAACUUCCAAUGAAAAGGACAAGGUCAAAGAAGAAGAAAAUCGUAUGUUUGAACUUAAUGAACUCAUAUCAUCAUCUGAGAGAAACUCAGAGGACUGUGAGAUGUUCAGUCAUGACACUAUUUUGCAACUUAUUGAGCAGCUCAGGAGGCAGAGCAAAGAUCCUGAAAGCCUAGUGAAAGUCUGGUGUGCAGUUUGUUCAUAUAAAAAAUCAAUGGAAUCUACAAAACGUAACUGUGAAUUAAUUACAGAAAGAAAUAAAAGUUUAGGCAAUGAUAUUAUUGCAUUACAAAAAGAAAGGUCUCAAGUAGAGAUUGAAAAGACUAGAUUGCAACUAGAGCUAUGCAAUAUGAGGCUUACAGCUGAAAAUUCAGAAUUAAAGGCUGCAAUAAAGGUCCAAGCAAAGGAGGAUGGACAGCUUCCAAGAACCCCAUCUGAAAAGGUUAAAGAAGAAAUAAAGAAUCAGAUUAAAUUGAACCAGUCACUGAUACAGGAUUUGGAUGAAAUAAAAGAGAGAAAUAGUGAAUUAGAAAAAGAAAUAACCAGGUUUAAGAAUCUGUGCUCAAUGGCGAAGGACUCAGACUCACAUAAAAGUAGAGAGUUUACACAGAAUGCUUCAAGUACAACUCACCGCGAAAACGAUGUGGUACUUAACCUAAGAAAGACGCUUGAAAGUAUCGAAACAAAACUGCAACAGGAAAUAUUCCACUGGCAAUGCCUGGAGGAUGAACAUAAUCACCUGCAGCCGAAAGCAGCAGAUACAACAGCAGCCCAGGAGAAAUGUGAAAUGCUAGAGGGUGGAAUAAAGAAGCUUGAAGAGACACUACUCAGGAUUAAAACACAUAUGGACAAGAAUAUGGUAGAGCAUAGUGAGAUAGAAAAGCAUAAGAGAACCAUUGAAGAGCAACAUAGAAGUCAAGCAAUGGAAGAAAUUAACAAAUUGAACCAAUUUUUACAGGAAGAAGCUGCCUCUGACCAAAAGAAAGAGCAGAGAAAACAGGAUUAUAUCAUGUCGAUGGAGCACAGAAUUAAGGCUAUGGAAGCUGAGAUGGUGGAAAUAAAAUCUCGUACAAUUUCUAUGAAAACAGAACUGAGAUUACAUAAAAAAAGCUAUAGAGCUGAAUUGAAAACUGAAGAAUCUUUGGAAUACGAACUUGAAAAGCUUACAGCUGAAAAUUCAGAAUUAAAGGCUGCAAUAAAGGUCCAAGCAAAGGAGGAUGGACAGCUUCCAAGAACCCCAUCUGAAAAGGUUAAAGAAGAAAUAAAGAAUCAGAUUAAAUUGAACCAGUCACUGAUACAGGAUUUGGAUGAAAUAAAAGAGAGAAAUAGUGAAUUAGAAAAAGAAAUAACCAGGUUUAAGAAUCUGUGCUCAAUGGCGAAGGACUCAGACUCACAUAAAAGUAGAGAGUUUACACAGAAUGCUUCAAGUACAACUCACCGCGAAAACGAUGUGGUACUUAACCUAAGAAAGACGCUUGAAAGUAUCGAAACAAAACUGCAACAGGAAAUAUUCCACUGGCAAUGCCUGGAGGAUGAACAUAAUCACCUGCAGCCGAAAGCAGCAGAUACAACAGCAGCCCAGGAGAAAUGUGAAAUGCUAGAGGGUGGAAUAAAGAAGCUUGAAGAGACACUACUCAGGAUUAAAACACAUAUGGACAAGAAUAUGGUAGAGCAUAGUGAGAUAGAAAAGCAUAAGAGAACCAUUGAAGAGCAACAUAGAAGUCAAGCAAUGGAAGAAAUUAACAAAUUGAACCAAUUUUUACAGGAAGAAGCUGCCUCUGACCAAAAGAAAGAGCAGAGAAAACAGGAUUAUAUCAUGUCGAUGGAGCACAGAAUUAAGGCUAUGGAAGCUGAGAUGGUGGAAAUAAAAUCUCGUACAAUUUCUAUGAAAACAGAACUGAGAUUACAUAAAAAAAGCUAUAGAGCUGAAUUGAAAACUGAAGAAUCUUUGGAAUACGAACUUGAAAAUAUUUCCGGCACUCGUGUGAAAGUUCAGCACACCAACUCCAAGGUUGUCAUUUCGAAAAGGAGGAACAGACAGUCACAAGUCCAAACUCACACCAAAUCUGGCUCAGGGGGAGCUUAUGACAGAAGCCUUCAGAAUGAUCUUGGACUCAACAGAACAGGAGCAUGUAGUGAGGGCCAUGAUAUCAGUCCAAUGUCGAAACGGAAAGCUUGGUGGGAUAGCUUAUUAAUGUUAGUUAUGGUUUUGCUUCUCUAUAGUGUUUCAGGUUUCUAAUAGUAUUGUAUUUUAAUUUUGAUGAACCACUGAAUUGUAUAGCUGACUCAAAAUUCUCAUUUUCCAGACAUGCUCCCUUGUUAACCUGAGUCAGUAAAUGGAACAAAAUUGAAAUAUUUUAAAUUUGCUUCCAACUGGCAACUGAAUUAGAUUUUUAGAGCUUGUAGAGAAGGUAUAGUGGUUAGAGGUUUUUGCCACAGAAUAGCAAGAGCAUUCACUCCCUGAACCCAACGUAGUGUGAGGAGAGCACCUCCAUGUUGUCUUCUGACUAUAACAGAGGAGGUGUGACAUGCACCUUUAAAUAACUUAAGGCGUAAUCUAAUUACAUUCAUUUUUAGCUUUUAGCAACACUAUUUUGUCUUGGCCCUAAAUUUUUAGUGGUUUUAUUAAUAAACUCUUUGGUCAAUAUCUGUUAUUUUCAGUAAAAGUUUGAAAGUUAAACUCUUUUCUUUCUUUUUUUUUUUUGGACCCAAUUGGUAAGAUAUAACUGCCCACCUAAACAUACAAAGCCCAGUACCAUCCAUGCCGUAAGAGCAUUAAUAACAACCUGUAAAUACACACAGCCAUCACCUGCAUGACUUCUCUCUCUCUCUCCUGUCUUCCUCCUUUCUGUUCCAGUCUCCUCCUCUUCCUUCAAACUUCUCUCCCGCCCAUCCUUCCUUCUCCUCCAAUGACAGGCCUCCUUCUAUCCUGUACCUGCCCCUCACCUGUACUUUACAAAUUCAAUGGGGAGGUGGUUCUGGUGAAGUCACCUGAGUCCUGAGUAUGUGACUAGGCAGCUGUCCUUGGGGCAGUGGAAUUAGCAUCAAAAUACAGAUAACUCCAGGGCAAACCACAAAAUUUCCCCCUUUUUGUCCAGUCAAAAGGCCUUUUCACUUAUAUAUAUAAACUGAGUACAAUUAUUACCAUUCUACAAUUUAUAAAACAUAUGAUAUACUCAAUACCCAGUCCAUCACUUUAUCAGUUAAACAGAACAUUUAGUUAUCCAUUCCAGCUUAAGAAAGGCUUAAAAUCUAUAUUAUAUCUUGGCUACCUUGUAUACUAUCUGAUAACUAUCUAAUAAAAUAUGUAAUUUUAGAGUUAAACAGCCUGAUAGGCUAUGAGACUAUAAUCAGUCUUCCACCUCAUCAGAAAUCUGAGAAUGACCAAAUAUCUAUACACAUAGGAAGCCUAACACAACUUCCAGAACUGAGAGGUUGUAGAGACAAAUCUCCACUAGCACAGUCCCCUGUUAGCAACAUGUGGUGCAAGUCUUCAGCCUUCUGGCCCAAAAUUAACUGACAGACUGUUGAAACACAGAUUUUGAAGGACUUUUUGAAGGACUGAUCAUCCUGUCUUGGCAGAGUUUAUCAGUCAACUAUUCUACAUAAUUCAUCCUUUUCUGGACAGCAUUAGUCUGCAGAUGAAACAGGCAGUUUUGUCCAGUGGCUGCCUAGCCACAAAGUAUUGCCUCAGCUGGAGGUAGGGAUGUUCACAUUCUUCAUUAACUCUGCCAAAGGGGAACUGUUAGGAUAAAUAACUUUAAAUCUCAAAUUUUAUGGAUUUCUGAUAUUUUUGAAAACUACCUAUCUAUACAAGACAAUCUGGACUGUUAUCUUUAUAUCUUAAUAUUAUCUUGAAAGUACUCUCACAAAGUCAGCAAUAUAUUUGCUACUUGGCCCUUAACUCACAUGUGUAAUCAACUCAGAAGUUUGUAAUGACAUCAAUAGAAGGACUGGUUCUAAACCUUGUACUAUUAAACUUUGUCCAAAAAAUUCUAUACCAAAGCAGAGAUACGAUUUUAGCUUAGUUACCAAAUGAGAUUAUGACUGUAUAACUCAAUCUAGCUAAUUCCUCCCUGUUAAAUUACAACCAAUAACUUUAAAAUAACCACUUUCAGCCUCCCAAAGGUCCAGGGAAUUGGAGUGAUGACUCCUCUAUAACUUCUUCAAGCUGUACAUGGGCGUUGAGAUAACCUUGGCAGUAAGGGGUAGGAAGAAUGAGGCAAAUGCUGUAGCCGAUGUGUCCUGAUUGGACCCAACUGCAAGUCCUUGAGACCAGGAAUCCAAGUAGGCACACUGUCUCAAGACAAAAGUUUAGAAUCCAGAUAUCUUUUUGUUUGCUUCCCUUGAAUCAAUUUUUUCAGGCAGUCUACUUCUAUCAAAUCUGAUCAGUAUGACUCGUUGAGGUUUCCAGAGCCUAAUCACACUUUUUAAAAACACAAAGGCAAAAUCUUUUUCCCAAAAUACUUUGUUCCUUAGUCUGUAACCAGAAAAGCUUGUAUCUUGCAUUUACUCCCAGAGUAGUAAUAUAACCAUAAAACUCAAAGUCACACCCAUUAUGAAGAUUAAACAAUUUUUUAAGAAAAGGAAGUAAGCUAAACAAUGAACUUGAUAGGCUUUUGUACUCUAUGAUAUCAGGAUAUGAACCCAAAAUUCCCGUGGAGCCCACGUUAAGAGAAUCUGAGCUUCUUGUUCAAAAGUAACCACAAACCCUCGCUUGCCAGUAUCGACAAGCCAUAUUGCCUUUGGCGGGGUGAUUCAUAAACAAACCCAAUACCUUCUAUCAAUUCCAAUAUCAAUAAGCAACAUAUCAAACCAGGACUUUUGCCCAAAAUAUCUCAAUCUGUUAAGCUCUGUACCCAGAGCCACAGAUUUUUCUUUAACCUUAAUAAUAUAUAUAUAUGUAUAUAUAUAUGUAUAUAUAUAUAUCCAUCUGUUAAGCUCUACUUGGAGCCACAGAUUUUUAUUUACCCUUAAUACUUCUAUCAUAUAUGUCUGCAUUCACUCUGCCUUGUGUUACAGACAUUUAUCACAACUCUCUACUUGGAGUUACUGACUAAUUUUUCCCUAUCUAAGGUCUGAACUGUGGGUGAAAAUCCCCACGUGAUUCAGGUAAUCUCUUUACUCUCCUUAAAACAAACUUAAACACUUUCUAUCCAUUCUAAUACCAAUAAACAACUUAUCAAACCAGGAAUUUAGCCCAAAUAUAUCAAUCUGUUAAGUUCUCUACCCGGAGCCACAGAUUUUUCUUUAACCUUAAUAACUUCUAUAAUAUAUGGCUGCAUUUACUCUGCUUAGUGUUACAGACAGUUAUCACAACUCUACUUGGAGUUAGUGACUAAUUUUUCUCUAUCUAAGUUCUGAACCAUGGGUGAAAAUUCCCAUGUGAUUCAGGUAUCUCUUUAUUCUCUUCUUCCUAAAAACAAACUUAAUCACCUUUUAAUGAUACCUGUCAUUAAGAAGUAGCUUGUCUAACUAGGAUUUCAACCCAAAAUUCCCAUGGAGCCCACGUUAGAAGGAAUAUGAGUAUUCUGAAAGACUUUCUAAACAACUUUCUUUAAAAAGCAGCUUUUAAUCUCUAACUCUCUGAUCUGCCAUUACUUAUUACACAGCAGGGGACUUAUGGCCUGCCCACCUGUGCUGCUUCCCUGUUUCUUUGUUUAAAUUCCACGUGCUUGAGAGAUCACAUGACUUAACAUGGUGCCGGCCUCCUCUUACUUAGAAAAUAAAACUUUCUCUCAAUUCUUAGGAUUGCUAGUGGAUUCUAGCCCACAGGUUGGUUCACCGUCUGUUGUAAAAUAUAAAAAAUAAAAAAAUAAGGUUGUCUUUUACCUCGCUAGGUCUGACACCUCAGUGCUCCAAGAUAUCUGCUAGAUAUCUUGGCUGAAGCACAUCCCAACUCCACCUCGGCCCAGUGUCUCCAGUCCCCACACACUUUCGUACACUCAAACCGUCACAAAAAAGAACACACAAUAAUCUUUGACGCAAUUGGUAAGAUAUAAUUGCCCACCUAAGUGCCAGUUCCACUUAGCCCAGUGCCAUCCAUGCCUUAAGAACAUUAGUAACAACCUGUAAAUACACAGAGCGGAAUCUUAACGUCACCUGCCCUGGCUUCUCUCCCUCUCCCUCCUGUCCCUUCCUGAAAGUUAAACUUUUAACUACAGGUGCACAGCUGAAUUUAAGAUAUGUUUGAACACAUGAAUUACAAAAUUUAAAAAUAUGAAAAUAUGCUUUAAAGAUCAAAUUUGACAUCUUCUUAAAUGAAAGUAAGCCUUAAUUUCUCAUUUUCCUUAUACCACUUUAUUUUAUAUUGUAGAUUUUAUUUUCUGAAGAAAGAAGGAUAAUUCUGAGCUAUAUAUGUAACUUCAAAAAUAGCUGAGUAAUUUCUAAAGACACUUUAUAAGAAAAAGAGUACAUUUCUUCUUUUUAAUUGAAAAUAAAUUUUUAUGCACUAUAUUUUAAUCCUGGUUUUCUCCUCCCUAUCUCUUCCCAAAUCCUUCCCACCUCUGACCAAAUCCAAACUUUCUCUCUUUAGAAAACAAAUGGUGCAACAAAUAAACAAACAUACCAAAAUAAAACAAAGCAAACAGAUAAACCAAAAAUAUCACCCCAAACUCUAACAUCCAUGAAAAACCACAAGAAACACAGACAUGCACGCACACACAUGUGCAUUCAUGCAUGUAUACAAAAGCACACAAAACUCAUUCGUUUUGUUAACAGUUUUAAAUAAAUUUGUACAUAAGACAGCAAAUCUUAUGCAAUUAUCCUUCAGGACAAAGGUUCCAUCAUGUAACUCAGAAAAUAUUUAAGUGAAGAAGUCCCUCUGAAUGGCAGCAGAAGCAGAAACUCAUCAAAUUAUGCACCAACAUAUUCAUCUCUCUCCCUCACAUUUUGUUUGACACAUUUCUUAGUCUGGAAUUUCCAUAGAAACAUCACUGACUUUAGCAGCACACGGUAAGUGUGCCCUGACACAUUUUUAUUGUUAAGGGACUGUUUAGUGGAGAUUCUAUUUAUGGUAAUAAUAUUUAUUUUUGAGAUAGCAUAACUAGGCAAAGUAAAAAGUGCAGUUAUACAGAUUGUAAAUCUGUUGUGGUUUCAUUUUUAUUGUGUAGCUCUACUAUUAUAAUGUUCAUUUCAACCAGUGCUCUUGCCAUAAAGUUUUGGUGGUCUUUUCAUGGAUUUCUUAUACACAGAAAGCAGAUCAUAUUUGUGUAGAGAGGCCCCAUGCUUCAUUUGUUUUUCUUGGCUUCCUGCUUUAUGCAUAAUAAGUAAACCACACAGGAGCAAAUCUAAAGGAGUGUAGGACAGUAUUGCACUGAAAUUACAACAUAAAAGGGCAAGGUAUUAAUAACAUUAUUGUAUGCUUUAAAAAUGAGAAGUAGCUGAGUUUUCAUCAUAACUUUGUCAUAUUUUCUUAAGGCAUGAUAACAGUCUAAGAAUUUCCAAGGCAUAGACUUGCUCCACUUCAAACAAACCUUGAAUGAAUGUGAACUUGUUAAAUAUGUUGUAGUACAUGCAAUUCUCAUCAGUUAUUAUUGCAAAAUUCAGGUAAUGUAUCUCUUUGUAAGAGCACAAUGAAUUCUUGUGUAAACAAAGAUGGGUUGUAAACAAAGAUGGGUUCUAAAAGAUUGUGAAGGCAUAUUUCUCUUAAUAUUUUCAAGAAAAAAGGAGGUCUGUGACACUUGCAACUUUCUUGGGUUACUUCGAUCAUGCUGGACUCAUAAGAAGGAUUUAAAAAUGUCCUUUUGUCCAUGUGUAAGACACAGCUCCAUAAUGUGAUUUCUGCUCCAUGCCCUGCAUGAGACACUAUGCUGUUGCUCAUGAAAAUUUAAGGGUGAAUCAAGAACACAGGUCCUAGAGUCCGAUAGAUAUGGCUAUUUCAGCUGGGAAUGCAAAUGUUGUAAUAAUGUGCAACAGCUAGCUGUCUAAAUUGAUAGUAAAGGAUUCGAAGUUCAGAUAUAGUAUGACAUCCCUAGAGCCAGUACUGAGUUGAUUAUCUCUGGCCCUUAGUGUGUCUCUUUGAAUCUUUUUAUUGUAAAGUUCUCUUCUACUAUAUUUUGUCUGAAUCUAAGGAGAAAUUGUUAUCAUCCCCUUUAUUAAGUGAGUUUUCUCCAUAACAUCAAACCUCACCAUCAUAUCAUCACCAGAUUUUAUCAUCAUCUUUAUUAAGUGAGUUUUCUCCAUAACAUCAAACCUUAUUGCUUCUGUUACUGUCAUGGAGGAUUGAUCACUGACUCUUAGUAUCUGUGCUGUGAUCAUUGGCUAUGACAUUCAUGUUCAUGUGCAUAUUUCAAAUUUGGGUUUACACACUCAAUUCUAGGUAGCUAUACCCAUUCCUUAUUUGUUAUUAUUAAUAUUUUAAGUUGCAUAAUAAAAUGAUCCUUAGGAAGUUUGUGAUUUUCAUACCUAGCCCUGUGAGUCAUACUCAUUCUUCGCAUGUAGAAUUCUAACUGGCAGUACUCUUUUUCCUUUUUGGCUGGCGAUUCCUACAAAAUAUCCAAGCUUCACUACUGAGCUAUUCUUCCUUCUCUGAUAUCAAGUCUUGAAAAUGUUCUACAAUUUCAUCUCAGUGAGGCAAGAGGAUCACCAGAAGUUGGAAUUUCAUGCCAGUCCCAGCAACACAACAAGAUCCUGUCUUAAAUUCAAGGACUCUGGGCCGACGUAGCAAACAGAGGCAUCAACAUGAAGAGUAAGGUGGUGGAAGCUCCACCUAAAGGCAUCUUCCUACACAACAGCAAGAACCCUAAAGUCAACUCAGAUUUUGAGCCUCCAGUCUACUGCAGUGUGUUGGAACCACCUAAUUAGGCAGACAGAACUAUGAUCACAGAGGAACCCUAUGUCCUUCAACUGAGGAAUGGAUAUAGAAAUUGUUGUACAUUUACACAAUGGAGUACUACUCAGCUAUUAGAAACAGUACUUCAUGAAAUUCUCAGACAAAUGGAUGUAAUUUGAAAAUAUCAUCCUGAGUGAGGUAACUCAAUCACAAAAGAACAUACAUGGAUUGUAUGUACUCACUGAUAAGCGGAUAUUAACCUAAAAGCUUGGAAUACCCAAGAUACAAUUCAUAAAUCCCAUGAAGUUCAAGAAGAAGGAAGACCAAAAUGUGGAUGUUUCAGACCUCUUUAGAAGGAGGAACAAAAAUAAUCAGAGGAGGAAAUAUGGAGACAAUGUAUGGAGCAGAGACUGAAGAAAUGGCCAUUCAGAGACUGCCCCACCUGUGUGUGGUAUCCACCACUUAUACAGACACCAAACCCAGACACUAUUGCAGAUGCCAAGAAGUGCAUGCUGACAGGAGCCUGAUAUAGCUAGCUGUCUCCUGAGAAGCUCUGCCAGAGCUUGACAAAUACAGAGGUGGAUGCUGGCAGCCAACCAUUGAACUGAGAACAGUGUCCUCAGUGGAGGAGUUAGAGGAAGAACUGAAGGGGUUCGCAAUUCUAUAAGAACCACAGUGUCCACCAACCAGAUGGCCCAGAGCACCAAAAGAGAUCACAAGAGAUCACAGGGAUGAACUUAUGGCUCCAUCUGCAUAUGUAGGACAGGAUGGCAUGGUAGGGCAUUAAUGGCUGGAGAAGCCCUUGGUCCUGUCAAUGAUUGAUGCCCCAGUGUAGGGGAGUAUCAGGGUGGGAACGUGGUGAGUGGAUGAGGGAGCCCUCUCACAGAAGCAAGGGCAGAGUGGGAUAGUGGGUUUCUUGAGGGGAAAUCUGGAAAGGAGAUAACACUUAAAAUGUAAAUAAAAAAUCAUCCAAUCAAAG